AUGGGGACGCAGAAACCGGGAGAAUGGGCGAAUUCGUUAAUUGCCCGUUUCGAAGAGCAACUUCCAUACAAGACAGGUGCUCAGAACCUGCACUCCAGAAUCAACGAGGAGCAGUGCAAGGCUUGCCUCGUUCAGAUCAGCAAGCACCGCUUCUCUCUAGUCAUAUCUGGCCUCACUAAGAUACUGCAGCGAGUAAAUGAAUUGUACCAACCCACAAUAGCAAUGGGCUCGAAUCGUCCCCAAACCGAACAAGAAAAAGGCUAUCACGAUAGCCUGGUGAUUGUCCUAGACACUUUGGAAAUAUGUCUCAGCUCACAACCCAAGGACACGGCCAAAUAUGAUGAGGCUAUGAAUGUUAAAAUACUGCUGAGGGAAGUCUGCCAGUUUAUAUUUUCAAUCUACUAUUACACGGACAUGCGCAACGAGAGCACAGUAAACAAUACGCUGUUACGACAGCUGGCCAGUAAAGUGCUUUUCGCGCUCAGUCUCAACUUUUUCAACGCUGUAUUCAACCGGAUCAGUGCAAGGUUACAGGAACUAUCAUCUAGCUCAGAAGAAAACCCCGAUUUUACAGAUAUAGAAUUAAUUCAGCAUGUUAACCUCGAUAUAUUGAGGCUUAUACGGCUACUCACAGUUGUAACAGAAUCUAUACAGAAGUACAAGCUUUUAAAGAAGAACGCACACGUUGUUCUUACCUCGUCCCUCGAGAAAGCUAUCUGGAAUUGGAUGGAUACAUAUCCACAGGAAUUCGCAGAAAACCAAUGUCGGCCUAACGAUGAGUUGAGCAAAUGUUGCGAUUUAUUAUUUGACCUUUUACAAGACAGUUUUUCGGAUAACAAGAAAUCCAGGGUUACAGUGUGGCCGCUACAGAUCAUGCUUCUACUUUUGAACCCUAAAGUUCUGGAAGAAAUAGUAAAUGCGGAUAGCGGUGCGCCGUGCAGUCCGCGACAUACGAAGAAAAAGUUGUUUAUAGAUUGUGUCAAACGAGGGCUUAGUCCAUCGAACAAUUCGAAACAGAUGACUGAAGCUGCGGUCGUGACUUGCGUCAAGUUAUGCAAGGCGUCUACGUAUCUCAAUAUAGCUGAUUCUGGGAAUGUUACCUUUAAACUCGUCAAGUCUGUCAUUAAUGAUCUCAAGUCACUUCUAUUCAAUCCAGCUAAGUCAUAUAUCCGGGGCAACUUGGUAUCCGGGUACUCGGAAAUCGACCUCAUGACAGACUGUUUUGUAUCCCUAUUCCGGAUAAUGCCGCAUAACAACGAUGCGCUUAAAGUGUGUCUCAAUUUGACCACGCAUAUUUCCUAUCAUUAUGUCAUCAUCAAUUCUUUAUUAAGGAUUAUAAAGCAGCCACGCCUUCCCUGGUGGCCCCAAAUAGAGCUGCUGUACCCGCGAGCCGCAGAACUCCGCGCUAUGUUCACUGAUACCUCCAACAAGGCCACUCAGGGCUACGUGGUCCACACGCCUCUCAGAAUGAUAUCGCUAUCCCUGAAAUCGAAAGAAGUUCAGUCGAAAUUCAAUAAGAGUGAAGAAAUGCCCGCGUAUAGACAUCUACUUCUGUGUAUAGUCAAGUUAAUACACGCUGAUCCAAUGCUGUGGCUUAGUAAUCCUGGUCGUUCAAGCAUAGAAAUCCAAUCUUCGACGACCGAGCUCAUGAAUGGCCUCGUGUCUUUGGUGCACCAAACUGGUAUGGGGGAGAUCUCUCAAGCUGCUAUGGACGCCAUACUGGCUCUCCAUCGACCUGAUAGGGUGCAUAUGUGGAAUCCAGAAGCUCCCUUGAACACUUUUUGGGAUAUAAGCUCUCAAGUCCUAUACAAUAUAAGCCAAAAACUGAUCCAGCGACAGAUAUGCAAUUACCGCGAGGUCCUGAGAUGGCUCAGGGAUAUAUUGACGUGUCGCAAUGAGUUCCUCGCCAAACACAAGGAGUACGCCAACGUGGGAUCCCAGAUACCAAUUUCAAAACAGGCGCAUAUUAAAUUGGAGGUAGUGUUCUUCAUGUGCCUAUGGUCUAUAGACACUGACGUGGUACUGGUAGCGAUGUCGUGCUUCGCCCUGCUAUGCCAGGAAGCCGACAUUAGGUGUGGAUCCGACGAGAUCACUACCCAGUGCCUCUUGCCCAACUACGCGGUUUUCCAGGAAAUUGCUCAUACAUCCACUGUUUUGACAACUGGCUCGGCUGCACUACAGAAGCGCAUAAUGGCGUUGCUCCGUAAGAUUGAACAUUGCGUCAACGGGGUCCAGCCUGUUUGGGAGGAAACAUUCCGAUGUUGGGAUUCCCUCUGCAAGUUGCUCCAGAAGUACCCCAAAGGACAGGGAGAUAAAGUGGAUGACUGUCAAAUGGAAGCUAUACAUAGAGCCGUCGCUAAACGACGCGUUUCCCACCAUACCAGCAGUGAACAUGACUUUGAGAUGCAAAUCCAAGAGUGGGCGAAUAUAACAUCGUUUCUCUGCGCUCUGGGCGGGGUCUGCUUACAGCGUAGACCUACAACAUCCUGGUCACAUUUACACGGACAUGCGGAUUCAAGAAAGUACAACGUUCUAGCCAACAGUUCCCAGGAAGUCCAAUACUGUCCUGUUACUCAAUUCAUAGGACAAUUACUUCGCCUCCUGCUAUGCAGUAACGAGCGCUUUGGUCAACAAAUACAGACCCACGUCAAAGAGUUGGUCGGGCAUGAGAUGUCCCCUGCUCUCUAUCCAAUACUGUUCGAUCAGAUCAAAGCCAUCAUUGACAAGUUCUUCGAUCAACAACAGCAGGUAAUGUUAACCGAUAUAAACACGCAAUUUGUGGAGCAUACAAUAUUUAUAAUGAAAAGUAUAUUGGAUAUUAAGAAGAGCGGGCAACCGAAUGAACAUCUUAGUACGACAUCUAUCGAGACGUUAAUGCUGUCUAUUGUCAGAUACGUGAGACAUUUGGACAUGACGGUUCUGUCAGUCCAUAUUAAGACGAAGCUCUGCCAAGUGGUCGAAGCCAUGAUGAGAAGGAGAGACGAUCUCGCUUUUAGACAGGAAAUGAAGUUCCGCAACAAAAUGGUGGAAUACGUAACGGACUGGGUGCUCGGUACCAGUCAUCAGAUCGCUCCCCCUCUUAGAGCUGACGCUUCUUCCAUCACUAGAUACCUGGUCUGCUGCAGAGAGCUGGACCAGGCUUGCAUGGAGGCAGUAGCCUCGCUGCUGAAGGGGCUCCCUCUGCAGCCUGAGGAGUCGGAUCGAGGGGAUCUCAUGGAAGCCAAGAGUCAACUGUUCCUUAAGUACUUCACUCUUUUCAUGAACCUCCUGAAUGACUGCAAUGAGGUGGAGAUGGCGGAGGGCCCCGGUCGGUUGGAGACCCUCCGUAACGCUACCAUACAGGCCAUGUCGAAUUUGCUCAGCGCCAAUAUCGAUUCUGGACUAAUGCAUAGCAUUGACCUGGGCUACCAUCGUGACUUGCAGACUCGAGCGGCGUUUAUGGAAGUGCUAACAAAGAUACUGCAGCAAGGGACUGAGUUCGAUACCCUGGCCGAGACAGUUUUAGCUGACAGAUUCGAACAGCUGGUUCAGCUAGUCACCAUGAUCUCUGAUAAGUCUGUCUCCCAACAUACCCAGGGUGAGCUCCCCAUAGCGAUGGCGCUGGCCAACGUGGUGAGUACCUCGCAGAUGGACGAGCUCGCUCGAGUCUUCGUCACGCUGUUCGACGCGAAACAUCUGCUAGCGCCCCUACUGUGGAACAUAUUCUACAGGGAAGUUGAGGUCUCUGACUGCAUGCAGACUCUCUUCAGAGGGAACUCCUUAGGCAGCAAGAUCAUGGCGUUCUGCUUUAAGAUAUACGGCUAUGGAUACCUUCAGAAUCUGUUGGAGCCUCUCAUAACAGCCCUCCUCGACCAGGCUGAGGAAAGAGGGGAUAUCAGCUUCGAAGUAGACCCUGCUAGACUAGAUCCAAACCAAGACAUAGAAAUGAACAGGUCUAACCUAAUAGACCUCACUAAGGAGGUCUUCGAUCGGAUCGUCGGGUCUGCAGAUAAGUUCCCGCCGCAAUUGCGCAGCAUGUGCCACUGUUUGUACCAGAUAAGAACCUUCUCCUGA